AUGAUGAGAGGAUACUUUGCGUUCCCUCCAGCUCAAGCCGUUCAUACUUUACCACAGUCAGAGAAAGUAGGGGAUGUGCCUAGGGUGGACAAGGUAGAUGUGCAAAGUGGAGCAGAUCCACGUUUCGAGAGGAUGGAGACGGAGAAGCCAAAUGUGGACGAUGUUCGGAAUCGAGAACAACAGAGGCAGGACGAAGAAGCAAGAAGAAGACGAAGGGAGAAGGCAAAAGAAGUAGCAGACGCUGGAGAGAUGGAAUGGGUACGGUCAGGAGGCGUUCUACGAGACGCGUUUGGGCGGAGAGAUUGGGUACGGACAGAGGGUAUCCGAAAGGAAAUAAAAUUGCAAGAGCAGGAGAAGCGCGUGAUGGAGAAAUGGGAAGCGUACGAACGGCGAUGGCGUCUUCUGCUCACUUCGAAUGAUCCGCUUGGUUUCUCAGAUAUCCCGUGGCCUCUACAUACCCCUCCAUCCGCUGCCAAGGGACUAGCUAUAACGCCAAUCUCGGAAUUCGUGUUCGAAUCGCUCUCGGUUCGUGCGAACGUCGUAACAAGGAGAGAAAGAAUCCGGAACUCGCUCUUGCGAUGGCAUCCGGAUAAGCUUGCUGGUGUGGUGAGCAGAGUGAAGUGCGAUGAUAUGGAAGGUGUUGUCGAGGGUAUUAAUGCGGUUGCGCAUUGCUUGAAGACGCUGCAAGAUACGGAGAGAGCUGGACAGCGACUCUAGGGGCGUGUGCUUGUGAUUGAUGGCGAGUGUGACCUGUGUUAGAGAUAAUGCAGGGAUGAGUGAUUAGCAGCUCAUAGAUACUGCAGCUCAAGAUGUUUGCAGGCCAAUGUCAAAUUCAGACGCAUUCGAUGUCCGCCAUGAUGCCGAGUGACGGCGGGAGGAGGACGAACCUUAAGUGAAAAGCGACUGGU